AUGCCAUCUGUGGCAUCGGAACCUCCUCUGGCCGUCGUCUCCAAUAGCGUCCACUCGAAUUCUUCCUCGCUGGAGGGCCCUCCGAGAAAGUCCCACGACAAGACCAUCAGCGGCGUCUUCACCUACACAAACGGGACCGAUGUCGAGGCUGGAUUGUCUGAUCACAGACUGGAUCAGCUUAAGAGCCUGCGCAACAAUACGAGUCACAGCUCCCUGACGAAUGGCAUUCCGAACGGGAAUGUCAAGGCCCCCCCUCGAGAUCGCUCGCAGUCCAAGACCGGCAGCAACACUUCGGCCGCGAGCACAAACGCUGCUGCCAAGUACACUGAACAGCUGUCGAGGAGUCCCGCGUCGUCAGAAGGACCAUUGACCAAGUUAUCCAGUAUUGAGAAUGCGGCAGAAGGGGACGACGAGCAAAGCAAUGACCUCUCCGGACAGUCAUCAAGGCCGCAGUCGACGCCAGAGUUGGGUAAACUGAAAACGAAUAUCCCUCCCGGAAAGCCCGAGUAUGAUCCCUACCACAUGGUUACGGCUUCGACCGUCCCCGAUUCGGCACGAAUAGAGGGAGACACGACCUCCGCUGACCUCUCUCGCCCCCCCGCUCCCGCCCUCGCACGCUUCUCCUCUCCACCCGCCAUGUCCCCGGGUGCGUCAAUACAAGAUCGACAUCCUGAAUUAUCAGCGAGUCCUGAGCCCCCGAAACUCACGCAUCGUCACACCCUACAAGUCCCGAAGGCCGGGGGCAUUGGCGCAGUCGGCCGGAGUUCGCGCGACUUCUCUUUCGCAGGUGCCCCUUCUGAAGAAGCGCUCUCCACCACCACUGGCCGCUUCUCGCCCACACGAGAACAACAUGAUGGCACUGUGGUGAGGCAUAGACGGGCGUCCCUUGGCCUGGUUCGUAGGACAACUCGGUCGAUGCAAUCGGAUGCCCACAUGGAUGAAGUUCCCCCGGAUGAAGACGCCGCACGAUGGACGGAGCUGAUCAAGCAGAAACGAGCGAGCAGGCGCAAGAGAAAAGAGGACGAGGAUGACGACCGCGUCAUCGUCGGCAAGAAGGUCGAGGAGGGCCACGUCAACUGGGUGACCGCUUACAAUAUGUUGACCGGAAUUCGAUUUACUGUGUCGAGAACGAAUGCAAAGAUGGACCGGGAACUGACGGAUGCCGACUUUGACGCAAAGCACAAGUUCAGCUUCGAUAUCACCGGAAACGAACUGACGCCCAGCGCCAAGUACGACUUCAAGUUCAAGGAUUACAGCCCUUGGGUCUUUCGGCACCUCAGGGCUAUCUUUGGUCUGGACCCGGCCGACUAUCUUGUCAGUCUAACCAGCAAGUAUAUCCUCUCGGAAUUGGGCAGCCCCGGCAAGUCGGGCUCAUUUUUCUACUUUUCGAGGGACUAUAAGUACAUCAUCAAGACGAUCCAUCACGCCGAGCAUAAGCUGCUUCGGAAGAUCUUAAGGGAUUACUAUCGACAUGUGCUGGACAACCCGAACACGCUGAUCAGCCAGUUUUACGGAUUGCAUCGGGUCAAAAUACCUUAUGGGCGCAAGAUACAUUUCGUGGUCAUGAACAAUCUUUUUCCGCCGCACCGAGAUAUCCACCAAAUGUUUGACUUGAAGGGGUCGACCGUCGGCAGAGACUUUAGUGAGGAAGAGUUGGCUAAUAACCCUAGGGCGACGCUGAAGGACAUGAAUUGGUUGCGGAGAGGUUUGCAUCUCGAGUUCGACGCCCGCAUACGACAGAUAUUCUUGGACCAGAUGAAAAGAGACGUCGCUCUCUUGCAGAGGCUCCACAUUAUGGAUUACUCGUUGUUGGUCGGUAUGCACGACCUAGAGAAAGGUAAUGAAGAGAAUCUGAGAGAGACCACGCUGCAAGUGUUUCAGCCCGGUGGAGAGAACAACGAGGACGACUAUGGACCCUCUGUGUUGACUCGAACACCAUCCCGACUGGAGAAUGCGAGAAAAGCGCGGGAAUUGAGAUUGACGCUGAAGAAGGAGAAGCCCAUCCCUAUGGGCCUGGUCACUGCGAAGAUGCCGUCUGAGAUGGCCUCCGGGGAUGGACGACGGGAUCGCGUUUUCUACAAUUAUGAUGGCGGCAUUCGCGCUACGCAUGAGGAUGGGCGAGGUGGUGAAUUGAUCUACUACCUUGGCAUCAUUGACUGUCUGACCCAUUAUGGUAUGGUCAAAAGAAUUGAACAUUACUGGAAGGGUCUUUCGGCACCGCGGGGGCAGAUAUCAGCUAUUCCUCCGCAAGCGUAUGGAGAACGGUUCAUCAAUUUCAUCACUGGGAUCACCAUGACCCAAGAAGAAGCCAAGAGGCGAGAAACCGGCGAGAGUCACCGAUUUUGGGAACAAGUACCGGUACAGGCUGGAUCUGCGGAGAAUCUCGGACAGCCCCCAGGCGCCGCCUCUUCUGCGGGUGUCGACCCAUCUACCGUGCAGUCUCCGUCCAUGGGCCCGGCCGUGGAAAGGACCAUGAAAAAAGCCCACAAACAAACCGACAAAGCGACGCCGUCUGCGAAAGGCUGGAGCCAAAAUGAAGAGGAAAAGCCAGACCGGACAUUGAAAACAACCGAGGACUCCCGGGCCGCCAUGACUCUACCUGUCGUCACCGAAGCUGGUGAAAGCGCCGGGUCCAGGGAAAAGAAACGGGCGCUGAGUCCACCGAACGAGGCGGAAGAAGAACGAGAAACUCGUACCCCGGACUUGACCUCGUCUCCUGUUCCCGUCGGCGGCUCGUCCAUUCCAGGCGUCCGCAGAGUGUCCCCUUCGACAGUGGCAACGGCGACCGAAAUGGGAGAAGACAACACGAGCAUGUCAAGUCCACCGACUCAACCCCUUGAUUACGACGCCGAGUCGGACGACGAAACGCACUCACUGCGGAAUGGGGACGUCGACAUGGAGCGGGAGUUCAAUGCAAAGCCGCCUCGAAUAGCAAGCGAUCUGAUCCAACCCCAGUCCCCGCUCCAGGAUAGCGUGAUGAGAUCGCUUGAUGGGCAGAUGGGGCAUCCUGGGAACCACUAUUGA